AUGUCCGACACUGACAGCGUCAACUCGACCUCCAACAUUCCAGCUUCAUCGGCUUCCAGAAUGGACGAACAUUUGCAAGACCACAGAAACCAGGUGGAAACACUUCCUCCACCCGAGGAGUCAGCCCAGGAACUGCAGCAGCCCCAGGUACAGCAGCAACCCAGACCUCAAAUGUCUAAGACAAGAACAAACACAGAAUCGGCCCCACGAUUUCGCCGCAACUCUAGAUCUCGUUCCAUUUCGGAGAAUGCUGGUGAUGAAGCACCUGGCAUCCUUAUGAAUGUACGCAAGGCGCGUGCCAGAGCAGAGUUGGCACCAAUGAUGAAACUGAGAACCAACGAGAGUGGUGGGUCCGACAUGGGCCCUGGCCACCACAAACGUGAGAGACGCAUGCUGAGAUCGUCUUUAGAUCUGGAGGCUGACUCACAUGCGUCGAGAUCGUCCCAAGAGACGGAGGAAGAUGUGUGCUUCCCCAUGUUGAGAGAACAUGUUAGAAUCAAUGGCAUUGACUUCGACGAGAUUGAUGACUUCAUCAAUGAAGAGAGGGAUAACGAGGAGUUGAUGCGGCGCCAGACUGAGGCCGUGGCUCAGGAAAACAUUGCCCGGGUGAAAACCACCGGCAUGUCUAUUCAUACCGAAGCGAGCGCUCCCAGUAAGAACGCAAUGAAGUACACUCCCAAAAACAUCUUGAUGAAGUCGUUGACGAGGAUGAGAACGGGUGAAGUUGAUGCUGAAACUCAUUCCGCCAUUCCUCAUGAAAAGUUGACCUCUGACUCUUCGGAAGAAGAUUACAUCUAUGAAAAGCGUACCAUUAUGACCGACGGAGAUUCCUCGGACAAUGUGCGAUUCGGAGGUACGAGAAUUAAUGACGGUGACUUGAUUUUGCCAGACAGAUUUUCUUUCUUCCACUCGGACAACGAGGAGACUGUUCACGCUCCAGACCUUGCAUCACUUCUUCUUCCUGGCCAAAGCACACGCGAGCUUUUCAAGAAUGGGGAAGGUACGUGGUGGCUCGACUGUACUUGUCCUACUGAUUCUGAAAUGAAGACAUUGGCUAAAGCCUUUGGAAUCCACCCCUUGACCGCUGAAGAUAUUAGAAUGCAAGAAACUAGAGAGAAGGUUGAAUUGUUCAGAAACUAUUACUUCGUUUGUUUCCACACCUUCGAGCCUGACAAGGAAUCUGAGGACUACUUGGAACCCAUCAACGUAUACAUUGUGGUGUUUAGGGAAGGAGUCUUGACAUUCCAUUUUUCACCUAUUCUGCAUCCCGCCAAUGUGAGAAGAAGAGUGAGACAGUUGAGAGACUAUGUGGAUGUGAGCGCUGACUGGCUCUGUUACGCCAUGAUCGAUGACAUUACUGAUGGUUUCGCUCCUGUGAUCACAGCUAUCGAAUACGAGGCUGACGCUAUUGAAGACUCCGUGUUGGUGGCACGUCAAAUCAACUUUAGUUCGAUGUUGCGUAAGAUCGGUGAAUCUAGACGCAAAGUCAUGACUUUGAUGAGACUUCUCUCUAACAAGGCAGAUGUUAUUAAAAUGUUUGCCAAAAGAUGUCAAGAUGAAGCAUUCCAGCAGGGACCUCUGGUCACUGGAGCUUCCAGAGUUAACUUGUCGGGCUUGGGUUCCAGUUUUGCAGGCAAUACUUCCCCUCCUCCGUCUACUCAGGGAAUAAGCUUUGGCCCUGGGCCAGGUGCUCCUCCAGGACUCAUGACUGGAGGCCAAUUCCAAAUGACCGGCGAACGUGUUCAACCUCGUGCCGAUAUUGCAUUAUACUUGGGUGAUAUUCAGGAUCACGUGGUGACCAUGUUCCAGAACUUGUCUGCCUACGAAAAGAUCUUCAGUAGGUCCCAUGCCAACUAUUUGGCUCAGUUACAAGUAGAGUCUUUCAACUCCAACUUGACCGUCACAAAAAUCUUGGGUAACGUCACAUUGAUUGGUACAUUGUUCUUGCCCUUGAAUGUCAUUACAGGUUUGUUCGGAAUGAACGUGAAAAUCCCAGGCCAGGACGGUUCCAACUUGGGAUGGUUUUUCGGAAUCCUCGGUUUUAUGCUCUGCGCAGUAAUCGGGUUAUUCGUUGGAGUGAAGCUCUGGUUGAAACAUAUCGAGCGUCAUGAUGAUGAGGAAGAAAACUCCAAAAAAUCUAUUAAAAGCUUUUCUUUGAAGUAUAAAUCUAAGGAAGCAGCCAAGUCGAUUAUCAGUUUCCCCAAUCGGUACGAUUAG